AAGGGGCGUGUCCUCGGCAGCCGACCGGAAGCGGAAGAGGCCUUGCUUUCAGACAUGGAGCGCUACGACAAAGCGGCGCUAAACGCGCUCCCGACCCUGGAAGCCCGAAGUGACGGUUCCUUGGCCUCCACGCUGAGGACUCUUCUGUUCUUCACGGCUUUGAUGAUUAUGUUACCCAUUGGACUCUAUUUUUCCUCAAAGACCUAUGUCUUCGAAGGCGUCUUUGGCAUGACCAACCGGGACAGCUAUUUUUACGCCGCCAUCGUCGCCGUGGUGGCCGUCCACGUUGUCCUUGCUCUUUUUGUCUACGCGGCCUGGAACGAAGGCUCCCGACAGUGGCGGGAGGGCAAGCAGGACUGAGCGCGGCGGGCAAGGGAACCCUCUCCGGCCCAGGUGGUAUCGAUCAUAACGGAGCGGGGUGGACGGCACCUCUUCUCCUUCCCCGCCAUUUUUGUUUCAGUGACAGCUGUGACUUCGUGGGCCUCGUGGGCUUCACGGGCCUCAAAUUCUGGUAGAAAGAGGCACAACUGCGCACGCUCAAAGGAAUAUUCCGUCACCUUCUUGGAGAAGAAUCUCAGGAUACCUUUUGUUUGUAAACAACCAGCUGAGGACUUUAUUGGAAUCCACAUGGGAAAGAUUUGCAAAUCAAAAAGUUCCAAACGGAUGUCUUACUUAGAUUGCAAAUGGGUGAAAUUAACUGGAAAUUAAGAUUUGUGUCUUCUUGGGUUGAGGAAACACCCAUGGAGGAGAAUGGGUGUUGUUUACCCCAAGCGUGUCUUUGCAAAACCCCUUCCACAUCUGAAUAAAAUCCCACAUUUUCCGUUUCAAAAUGGAAUAUAUGGCAGUGUGGACGCAGAUAACUCAAAGCAGAUAUGCUGGGAUUUUCUGCCGUGAUAUUCUGGGUUCUGUGGCUGUGCGGACGGGCCCUGAGUGAAGUCUUUCUGUUCCUCACCUCUUAAGCAUUUAGUGUACGAUGUCUUUCCCUCCAAAGCAGAGCUUGCCAGAUGCCGCAAUCUCGAUUCCAAUCAUUGUUGUCCAUCUCCUUCCUUACUUAGUCUCUCAUUCGGUAUCAGUCAUUGAUUGAGGUUCUGGGUUUGAGCCUGCCACUUUUGGACUCUCGCUUGCUGAGGUGUUCCAGCGAGUGUCUCUGUAGAUCUUAGGAAACUAUUUCGUGAUUUAAGUCGUUGGCGUGCUGGCUGAUACCCUUACUUACUUACAUACUUAGGCGAUCCCUCGUUGUCCGAGUACGAUAAUCCUUCAGGGUGGGUUCAUAGGUGCCUGUGGAGCCCGAUUCUUGAUCUGCAUCUUCUCCCGCAGUGAGGGUAUUAGUUUCCAGGUGGAAGGUGGUCCCAGUUGGCCUUCCUCUUGGAACAUUUAUCUCUUUUGCCCUCCAUUCGUGCCUCUUCAAAUUCUGCAGCAUUGCUGGUCACAGCUGACCUCCAACUGGAGCGCUCACAAGCCAGGGCUUCCCAGUUCUAAGUGUCUAUGCCAGAGUUUGUAAGGUUGGCUUUGAGGCCAUCUUUCAAUCUCUUUUCCUGCCCACCAACAUUCCAUUUUCCGUUCUUGAGUUUUGAGCAAAGCAACUGCUUUGGGGGACGGUGGUCGGGCAUCCAGACAACAUGGCCAGUCCAGCGGAGUUGAUGGUGGAGGAGCAUUGCUUCAAUGCUGGUGGUCUUUGCUUCUUUUUCUAUUUCCCCGCUUGUCUUCCCAAGAGAUUUGCAGGAUUUUCUGGAGACAGCGCUGAUGGAAUCGUUCCAGGAGUUGCAUGUGACGUCUGUAGACAGUCCACGUUUCGCAGGCGUAAAGCAGGGUUGGGAGGACAAUAGCGUUAUAAACAAGCUGCUUGGUCUCCCUACGGGUGUCCCGGUCCUCAAACACUCUCUGCUUUAUUCAGAAGAAUACUGCACUCACAGAGCUCAGGCAGUGUUGACGUCUGUAGACAGUCCAUGUUUUGCAGGUUGGGAGGACAAUAGCUUUAUAAACAAGCCCCUUGGUCUCCCUACGGGUGUCCCAUUCUUCAAACACUUUGCUUUAUUUGGAAGAAUACUGCACUCGCAGAGCUCAGGCAGUGUUGACGUAUGUAGACAGUCAAUGUUUCGCAGGCGUAAAGCAGGGUUGGGAGGACAAUAGCUUUAUAAACAAGCCCCUUGGUCUCCCUAAGGGUGUUCCAUUCCUCAAACACUCUCUGCUUUAUUCAGAAGAAUACUGCACUCUCAGAGCUCAUGCGGUGUUGACGUAUGUAGACAGUCCACGUUUCGCAGGCAUAAAGCAGGGUUAGGAGGACAAUAGCUUUAUAAACAAGCUCCUUGGUCUCCCUACGGGUGUCCCGUUCUUCAAACACUCUCUGCUUUAUUCGGAAGAAUACUGCACUCUCAGAGCUCAGGCGGUGUUGAUGUAUGUAGACAGUCCACGUUUCGCAGGCGUAAAGCAGGGUUGGUAGGACAAUAGCUUUAUAAACAAGCCCCUUGGUCUAUAGCCUGAAAAAACCUACAGCAACCCAGUGAUUCCAGCCAUGAAAGCCUUCGACAAUAGCCUGUGCAUUGUUUGAGGAGCUCUUCUUGGUUUUGAGUUGAAUUCCAUCUUCUGCUUUCAACAUUUCAGCCUUGCCCUCUUGGAAAGAAGGAAAAGCCAAACCCUUCGUGAUGGGAAUGUUGCUCCUCUUCUUCCUUGCAAAUAAAGGUGUCUAGUAUUGAAAUGUGAAACCCAAAUCAGGGUCCUUGAAUUCAGCUUGAACAAAAUAGUGGUUUUUCUUGUUUACGUUGGCCGUUUCGCGCUGCUCUUUGUGGAAUCAUGGGGAAAACAUCUCUUCCUUGUUUUCUUCUUCUUUUUCCACUCUAUAUAAAAUCGAUGUUGUACGGUGAACUCUUCCUUUUAAUAAAAGGUACUUGUUAAUUUCCGGAUCCAGUUAAA